AUGAAAGGAAGAGCUGAAGCUGAAGUUUCGAGAAUUGGAAGCAGUUUCUUAUGGAGCAAUUUAGGAGUUGGUCAUGUCCUAUAUUUCUUGAAUCAAGAUAUUAGAGAAGAUUUUCCUUAUUUUUCUCCUCUAAUUGUUUCGGGCGAUUUACUCUUUAUAAUCGUUCAAAGCAAAUGUAGCCACGCCACUUCCGAUGUCAAGCCUAGUUCUUAUUGUGCCAGGCUUCUUUACUGCAAGUACUUCAUCUAUGGAGAAGUCGAGGCCCCCAUCAUUGCCGGUCCAUCGGGUUUUCUCUCGUCCAGCAAGGUCAAAACAGUCGUUGCAAUUGUAAAAACCUUUCUGAGUAUGCAUACGAUUGAUGGGACACGAAUAGUUCUUGCAGGUAUAUGCUGUCCAAACAAUAGAUGA